AAUAUCUAGGUAUCACACUAGACAGUAAACUCCUCUGGAAUAAACACUUAGAAAUAACAGUCGGGAAAGCCACAAAAGCCCUUAUGAUAUGCCGAAGACUGGCAAAUAAAUCAUGGGGGUGCAAACCAAAUAUCCUAAGGUGGAUGUAUACCAUGAUGGUGAGACCCAUUAUCACCUACGGUGCGGUUGUUUGGCACAAAAGAACCGAACUAGUUACAACUAAAAAGACAUUAAACAAAGUUCAAAGAUUGGCCUGCUUAUGCAUUACUGGCUCAAUGAGAACUUGCCCUACAGCAGCAAUGGAAGUCAUCCUCCACUUAACACCACUCCAUGAAGUAAUAAGUAGUACUGCUAACGGAACAAUCUUGAGAUUUGCAAAAGAGGGAACUGGUACGGGCAAGAGUAUUGGUCUCAAAGAAAGGGACUCAAUAUCGAACACCACAGUUAAAAACCUCCUUGACAUCCCAAGAGAUUGCAUGAUCAAGAAAUACAACUUUGAGAAAAACUUUCAAACACAGUUUAGUAGCAAGGCAAAGUGGGUAAGUGAAUCCACGAACUACACUUUCAAUGCAAACGCCAUCAAGUGGUACACUGAUGGAUCGAGAACAGCUGAUGGAACUGGAGCAGGAAUAUUUGGGCCUAGAACCAAAAUUUCCAUUCCAAUGGGACAGUUUCCUAGCAUUUUUCAAGCGGAAAUCAACGCUAUAGAUAAAUGCGCAGAACGUAAUCUCGAAAGAAAAUACAAAAACCAAAACAUUGCCAUCAUGUCUGAUAGCCAGGCCGCACUUAAAGCUAUAAACUCAUACGCCAUCAACUCCAAACUCGUAUGGGAAUGUGUGAAGAAGCUGAACGAGCUUGGCAAGGCAAAUAAAAUAACACUGUACUGGGUUCCCGGACAUGUUGGAGUACAAGGGAACGAAGUAGCAGACUCCUUAGCAAAAGCAGGUGCAACCGCACCUCUUAUGGGCCCAGAACCAUAUUGCGGAAUUGGAGACAGCACGAUCAAACAAAUGAUAAAAACCGAUGAGGAGGCCAAACGAACUAAAAUUUGGAAAGAAACUCCUAAACUCAGACAGGCGAAAUCACUACUUGGGAAUUACAACCAAAAAAGAUUUAAAACCUGCAUUAACCUGAGUAGAAACAACCUGAGAAUAAUAACAGGGAUCCUUACAGGCCACUGCAAGCUGAGAAAACACCUCAACAACAUUGGCCUGGCAGACAGUGCCACCUGUAGAUUCUGCAACAAUAAUGAAGAGACGCCAGAACACAUACUGGGCAACUGUGAAGCACUAAUGCACAAUCGACACAGAUACCUGGGCCAGCACCAGGUAACAAGUAAAGAUCUACCGUCGAUAGAAAUACUCCAGUUAAUCAAAUACCUAAAAAGUAUCAAACUGGAGACUGUACUCAACGGUUAUGUGUGGAGUAUAAAAUAUUAUGAACAAGCUAACGAACAUCACAACGACGAGGAAGGACGACGAAUGGUACGGAACGUUGGUAAUAGCUUACUGAAGGAAAAUAAUAACGAAACACACGGUGUUGUAUACGUAUACGAUGACGGUGGUGGUGGCGGCCAUAGUCUAGAAAAGAAAAAGAAUAAGGAAGUUCACGGAAGUUGUCGUUUGAAAAAAAUAUUACGGGAAUAUAGCAGUCCCCAACAUGCAUGCAAGGCAGGUGGAAUUGAUACAAGAAUUAAUUAA